UUUUUACAUUCUUUCUCUCGCUCUCUCUCUCUCUCUCACUCACUUUCACCUCUCUCUCACUCUUACUCACUCAUUUUCUGCAAUUAAAACAUCAAAUUCUCUUUGUUGUAUUCUGUAUUACACUAUUAUUCCCAUUAUUGGGGGGGGGGGGGGGGGGGGGGGGGGAGGGGGGGGGGGGACCCCUUACCCCAGGAAUUGAUCGAGGAAGGAGACAGGGUUUUGAGUAUAUUUUUUAUUGAGGUUGAAUAUAAGGGGUUAUGCUAGAAGAUAAUCUUCUACUGGUUCAAGAGAUCUUAAUCAGGACACCUUGCGAUAGACCUGCAGAUGUCUUCACAUACACACACACCUGUCUCUAUCUAGGUUAUUUUAUUGUAUGCACUUCCUCUCAGGAGAUGAUCAAAAUAAGCAAGCUGAAGGUACUUGUAACCAGAGAGAAAGAGAGAUUUAAUUUACUCAGGAUCAGCUAGGUUGAUUUUUCAUUAGCAGAGAAAUUAAUUAAACCAUCAUAUGUUUUUAAAUCAGACUUUGUAAAAACUCUACUGUAGGUGUUUUAAGCAAUUAUGCAUACUUAAAAUAAAGCAACACGAAGCAGCGCGAUAUGUAAGUAUCUAGUUAGAGAGUGAAAUUCCUGAAAUGUCUCCGAGGCCUGCACUGGUGACAGCUAGUAACAUAUUACAGAAAGAUUGAUUUAGUACAGAGAAAGCUAUACAAUGUGUUAUGAUACUAAAGUAAAUACUGUCUGUGCAUUCUGCAAAUAUUGAACAGAGAUAUAGGUGCAUGUGAAAUACAGAUUACUGGGGGUAUAUAGGUAGAAAAAAUAAAUUGAGAAAUGAAAUUUUUACACACCUUUAAAACUGCAGGAGGGGGAUUAAAGUAUGUAUAGAGCUGAUGACAUAGAAACAUGUAUUAUGUCAACUUUUCGUUAAUGUGAUAAUUUGUUUGCAUGUGAUAAACGACAAUCUCUGAUUCUUCUCAGUCUGAUAAUGUAUUUCUUUCUCUGUAAUAUUGUAUACUUUUUGUGAUUGUAUAUGUAUUUUAGCGACCGGAAAUUCUGACAGAGAGAAUAGAAUGUAAAUAGAAAAAUAAAUUUCAAUGUUGAAAAUAUACAUGAAGGUAUGAACUGCAAUACUUCAGGCCAGUAUACGUUUCAUGAAGUAUGUAUAAUAACGCACUUCAUUAAGUAAUAAAUAGCAUUAUCUGCCGGCAAAAAGCAUCACAGUUCUAAUUUUAAAAAUUUUUAAUAAAAAUUUUUUUUUUAAGUAUAACAUGACUGAUUAUUUAAGGCAUGCAGGAGCAUAUUAAUGAAUGGACUGGACAAGUUGUAACCUAACUGGUAAUAAAUAUAUUUAACCAAACAUCUUAACAACAUGCUAAUAUUUGUUUAGUGGGCUUUGUUGUCAAAUAUUUACAUUGAGUUCUGCACAGGUUUAGAGAAGGUUCAUUCAAGCUGUUUGUAUUUAUCCUAAAGAAUUUGAGCUUUUGUUGGUACCCUGCAGGGUGCCCCAUUUUUAAAUCACUGACCACAAGUAACCCCUUUGCAUCAAAUAACCAUUUAUCAAAGAAUAUGGAGCAUCCUCAUUUUAGUUUUCUCUCAGUAUCAAAUGGUCCAUGUCUCAUCUUUUCACUGAGCGAAACUAAUUUCUGUUAACCUCCAUAUACAGAUUUGAUCAAACAUUCUUCUUUUUUUUUUAAACCUCAGUAUCAACAAAUGGUUGUGUUUUUCACUCACUCCACAACUCUGCAAUGACUGCUCCCCAUGACCUAUAAACCAAUACAGAGAAAAUAUGUGAAGUCACAUGAUCUGGAGUUACUCAUUGAAUCGGCCCUCUAUGAUAGCACAACACAUGGUGAGCUUGUAUUAGUGAAUCAACAGUCACUGGGAAUAGGCGCACUUUUUAUCCACUGGGGGACUUUAUAUCAUAUACUCUAUUUUUAGCCUUUCCAUAUUAUGGUAAGUUUAUGAAAUUUUCAUUGCUUUGAUAUAUGCAUUAGGCUUUUUGUGGUCAGUCAGUUCAGAGGAUUAUGGAUUAUCCUGUUGGUUUAAAUCUGUUUGGAAGUAGGUCAUUGUCCAGGGGGGGGAGAUUUCAUUUUGAGUCAUUGACUUGUAAAAAAUGCUAAUACUUUGAAUUUCAUUAUGACACAGGUGGUAAUCUUUUGUGAACAUUUCAAAAUUGACUUUUUAGGUGGAAUGCUGUAUAAGAGAUAAACUUUAUUUGAAAUCUGAAUAUUUUAAAGAAUAAUAUCAAGGUUUUGAAAGAAUAAUUUAAGGACAUAAUGAUUAUGAAAUUUGUUCAUUGCCUAAACAUCACAUGUAAAAAGAAGAGACAGCUAGGGUUGAGAAAAGACCCCCCUGAAAACAUAUAGUGUCAAAAAUAAAUGUCAGAUUAUGUAGAAUACCAAUGUAUAUAUGUUCAAAAGGAGAGUCUGUAGUUUCUAUGGAAUGUAAUAUUUGAUAACAAGCCUUGUUCAUGGUGUACAUAGACAUUUUGGGAGGGGUCAGAGUGCAUUUAUUGUGGAGUUUAAAUAUACCUGUUUAACAAGAGAUUUCUAUCUGUUAUCUGGGAGAUUAUGAGGUAUGAAGCAUGUCAUUUCCCACUGUAUCACUCAAUCAACAACAGCCCCUAUCUUGCCAUCAUUUCUCUGAAGAGAAAAUUCAAUACAGCAAAAUAAUCGUUUAUUGAGGGCCUUCCCAUCUAUUUAUAUUCAUCCAUUUUCCCCCAUGCACUCCAGAGAAUGCUGGCCCAUUAUGCCAUACAAUUGCUGUCAAAUUUCACCUUUCUGUAAAAUUCCCUCCUGGUUGACAUUUAAGGCAGACAGAAAUAUGAGCUAUAUGGCUGCUCAAGAACUAUGGAAGCAAAUUAUAUAAACUUUUAUGAUUGGUAAAGAUUUCAUUAUCUUUAUCAAUUUGUAAUACAUGAAUGGAUCGAUUAUGAUCCUCUGAUGAAUUCAACUUUUCCUGCCAUCCAUGAGAAAAUUUUGUUCAGGGUGAAACUGAAACUUGCCCCCUUGGAUAUGCCCUACCAUUGUGGUGCAGUUGUAGGUGGGCCAAAACACAGAAAGGAAUGUGGUUGUUUACAAGGUUGUAGUCCUGUAUGUGACAACUGAGUGGUCGCACACACACUAACAUAAAAGUUCGAUUAGGGAUGGUUUUUAUUGUCAACAAGAAUCGGUGUCAUUCACAUGAUUACCAGGACAGUUUUUAUGUUGUAAAGGUUUCAAAAUAACUGAUUGCCCCCCUCCCUAUUACAGGGGCUUGUAACACGGCUACGGGAUCUUUCAUUGUGAAUUUUUGUUCUUGUGUGGGAAGCUUUCCUAUUUUGUUACCUGUAAAUGCAUAAUGUAUCGAAGUUUUUUUCUCUUCUAUUGAUGACACAAUAUGUUUGAAUUUCUUUUAUGGUAAAAUGUUUUAAAAGUAACCAAGCCCAUUUCAUGACUUGAAGUUGAAAAUAAAGACUACUGCCUAAUUAUGUGACUGAAAGAAAUGCACUUUAGAUUGUGAAGUGUUUUAAACUGUUUUGUGCUCUACACACCAAACCCAACCCUUGAGUGUUUGUGAUUGAAGAGCAGCUCCUAUUUACAUGUAUACUUUAUUGCAUUCAUCCAGUAACUUUACUGUGGCCCUGGGUUUUAGAACAUUUUAUGAUGGGAAUGUGUGGCAACAGUGGCUACUUGAGGUGUGUGUGUGUGUUUAUACUUUUGAGUAUAUGUGUGUAUUGGCCACUUGAGAGGUGUGUGUGUGUUUAUACUUUGAGUAUAUGUGUGUAUUCUUGUGGGGAUGUUAAGAAUGUCUCGCACUCCCCGGAGAUGUUGAGUCAAUUUGGCAGUUACAGAAAAAGAAUUAUGUGCUUCAUGUCAACUGCUACUACUAACCGCCGUUACUGAACACUUGUGUGAAUCUGAACACAGCUUAAUUAUUGUGUGAAUCUGAACACUGCUUAAUUAUUGUGCCUGUAGUAUCAAUCAGUUAAUCAAACUUCAAUUUGCAAGCUUUGUCACUACUGCCUAAAGGCUGGAAGGAGGUACAAAGUGUAGUUCAGUUCCAUGUAUCAAACUAAUGAUUUCUUAACCAGAAAGGCCUGAAGGUUAUUGGUGCAUCAUGUGCCCGUCACUUUGUCAGUAAAUAUGAGAAGUUGAAUGAGCAGCUGCACAUUCCAGCUUGUACCGGUAACCUUGUCAAGUUUACAUUUCAUUGCAAAUUUACACAACUUUUUUUCCGAUCAGAAAAAAUCCACAUUUCAAUGUGUACUUAGCAACAAAAACAAAUACCCUUUCGUGUAUACAAUGUAGAUGAUGCAUUGCAGUGAAACAUCUGCCUUUUUUAAAGUAGUUUAAAAUGAGUUCUCCUAUGUAUAUUUCUUGGUACUAUAAUUUUGCUUGAAAACCUUUCAAAUAAUUAAGAGGUUCUGCAGUAUUCUAAAUGCACUUGAAUUGAAUCUGUGUGACUGAUUGCAAUAAUUGAUUUGAAGCAGGAACUGUCUUGAAGCUUGACUACUGGGUAAACUCUUCAAGAGUGUUCCCGAAGUAUAAUGUGCCUUGCUUUGCUUCGGGGAUCAUUUCCCAAAGCAUUUAUACAUACGGCAAUGUUGCUAAUAGCUUUUUCUGUUUCAUCUGAUAGUCAUAAUGUUUUCACAUUGGGCUCUUGCAUAAUUCAUGAUAUUGUUUAUAGUUUUGAUAAAACACUCUUUUUCUCCUGAUGAGGUGGUUUUAGAAUAAAUAAUAAUUCUCUUUUGACAGAAUUUCUUCUUUUAUAUCUGCGUUUGAAAUCUUCUGAUUUUUUUCUGUACAGACCCCAUGAUACUUACUUUUCUUAGGCAUGUGAAGAUGCUUUUAUCAAUCAAAACUUAAAAAAAAAAAAAGAGAGAAGGAAAUUAUAAUUUUUAAGUGGUUCUUGGGAUUGCAACAUACUGAAGAUUACAUAAUGAGUCUGUUGUCCAUCAGAAUGAUUUUUGCCUGCAGUUUGUAAAAAAUAUUUUUAAAAUGUCACAUUCAUUAAGCUUAAGGAAAACCAAGAACUUAAAAAAUAGAGCAAAGACUUUAAAGGGAAAUAACUAUUGAAUGACAAACUGUCAGAGUGCGAAUGCAGGAUGUAUUACGAAGUGUCCAUAUCCUUAACGAGUAUGCACAGCUACAGGAUAUAAAACCAAUGGCAUCCUCAGUCCUAACUAUUCACUUCCUUCACAGAAACCCACCAAAAUCCUGCCCACAAAUCAAGAGUGCUUUAUCCUUAGUUACCAGAACCUUGUCAACCGUAGCGGUCACUUCCUCCCAUAAUCCCCAAGUGGCCAUGCACUCUGUGUGUCCUGAUCAGGUUCCUUGUCAGCGUAAGUCUCUGAUCUUCUGCCACUUGCUUUAAGGUGUCUCAAUUCCUUGUUGUUCUCCUGCAUCAACAUGUGGAGCUACGUCACUCAGGUUUUUGCGGAAGCUUUUGCGGAUGCUGUUGGUGACAUUAAUAGGAAAUUGUCCCAGGAAACCACUCCGGUACUAACUGUAGUCCUCUUAUAGUCAGAAGUUUGCACCAACACUCAUCGUUUUCCUGUAGAUUUUCUUUUCACGUGUACUAUCCUAAAUGUACAAAGGUGCUCAUUUUUUGUCUGAAUAGAAACACGGUAUAUGAAAAGUGGACUUGUGGAGAGAUUUUCAUGUUGGAGAGUAACAUUCAAGAGUUGUGACUAUUUUUUUCACAUUAACUUCAGUCCUUAAUCUGUUGUUUUUUUUGUGGGUUUUUUCCCCUCUCAGCCUAGUUAUAUCAAAGAGGAUAUUACAUGUGUAUUUGUAUAGUAGAAACAGUUAUUUGAACUUUGUGAAGCAGAACAUUUUACAUUUAUAAGUGGAAGUACUUAUAUUAGUAUUGAAUUGGAAUCCACAAUGGUUGAAGAGAAGUCGCCCUCUGAUACAGAAACUUAUACACCACGCAGCAUGCCUGCGGCCAGUCCUAAUACCACCAGUAGCCAGUCCAGUAACCAAAGUCAAUCUGGUGAACAGCUCAGCCGGACCAACCUCUAUAUACGAGGUCUCAACCCUAACACAACCGAUAAAGACUUAGUAAACCUCUGCCAACCAUAUGGCAAAAUUAUUUCCACCAAAGCCAUCAUAGACCAACAGACAAACAAAUGUAAAGGUUACGGUUUUGUGGACUUUGAUUCCCCCACAGCGGCAGAGGUUGCAGUGCAAGCCUUACAGUCACAAGGAAUACAGGCUCAGAUGGCCAAACAACAAGAGCAGGACCCCACUAACUUGUAUAUUGCCAACCUCCCGAUUUAUUUUGCUGAGACCAAUCUAGAGAAUAUGUUCAAGGACUAUGGCACAGUGAUUUCCACAAGAAUUUUACGAAAGCCUGACGGAAUCAGCCGAGGAGUCGGAUUUAGCAGGAUGGAAUCCAAGGAAAAAUGUGAGAGGAUCAUCGACCAGUUCAAUGGAAAAAUUUUACCAGGUUGCACUGAGCCCCUGCUGGUGAAGUUUGCUGAUGGAGGAAACAAGAAAAAGACUGCCAUACCGCAGAUUAGAAACGAGUUGGCCCAGAGUUUGGUUGGUCUUGACAAAAGCGGAUCCCUCCAAGCCUAUUUCCAGCAAAUGGGAGAUCCAAGUCUGGCUUUAGCAGCCUAUGCUGACCAAGCUUUGGCUACUAAUGGUGUUGGAGCUCCUGCCUUAGUGACCCCAGCAGGCCUGACUCUUCCUCGAUACACUAUGGCCACCACCCCACAGACCUAUCAGAUGGCCCAGGCUAACCCUGCUGCUGCUGCCACAGGCUGGGUUCACCCCGGAUACAUCAUGCAGCCUCCCAUGGCCCAUUACCUCGCCACCUCCCCACUGGCCCAGACUGGUUAUUCACAGAUUCCAUACCAGGGAGGCGCCAUGAUCCAAGGGCUUCAAAUCGAUCCUGACCAAGCCAGUGGAGAUGAGCAACUGCAAGCUAAUUUACAAGCUGCGUAUGCAACUCAGUCAAGCUUUACGUAAAACACAAACCUGCACGCACCAGACUCCCGCGAUUUAGAACACUGUUGAAUGGUGCUAUAUUUUAUAUCCAAAGUCAUCAAUGCCCCCUGCUGUAUACCUGUUGACAGGAUGGAAAAAUUUUCAUCCCAUUGUAACACAUUCGUUCUUUUUUCUUCUGUAACAAGGACAUAGGGUGAAAUUUGUAUUGCACAAAUUAACACUUUAGUGUCCAUUUAUAAUGUUUUCUCUUUUUUUUUCUAAUAUGGCAGCAUUCCUCUAUAAAUGUAACCAAAAGAACUCUUAUGAUUUAUCAGAUUAAUAUUAGGUGUUUUUUUAUUAACAGUAGUACCGUAAAAAAAGGUGUGUAAAAAAAGUAGUAGUUUUUGAUCAGUUGAUCGUUUUAUUUGAUGUUGGAGUAUGGCCAGUGUCCGGAAUGAACGUCUUGGACAAGGUGAUAAUGUUAUGCAAUAAGUAACACGAUAAGUGAAGUCUGUUAUAUGUGUGUUGGCAGUACAUUCUGUUUCUUCUACCUCGCCCAUUUGUUAAUUGUGUAACUGAUAUAUAUAUAUAUAUAUUUCAACAGUUCAAAUCAAAAUCUAAUGUUGAUUAGUACAAUCGCUAAAUGACAAUGGCUUUUUUAGUGGUGGAUCGAUUGUUUUUAUGACGUCACUCAGUGCUUGGUGAAAUGAGAUUAUAUUUGUUAAUGUACCAAACAUAUUCUUUGUUGAUGAUUCUUUUGGUUUGGAUACAAUAUUUUUCAAUUUUAGAAGAAAAAAAAGUGGAAUUUUAUUUUAUUUUCAACAAGAUAACAAAUCAUAAAAUAAUGUUUUAACAUAAUGAGUUUCUUUUACGGGGGUGGGGUUGGGGGGGGGGGGGGGGGGGGGCUUUAUAAGAAUAUAACUCUACAAAAUCAGGUCUACUAGUAAAAAUUGCUCAUGAACUUGUGUGAUGUACAUGGUAUAUGUCGUCUAUAUAAAUUAAUGCAAUACAUAAUACUUACUAAAGAAUCUUCAAAAUUCAAAUUAUAUUUUAAAAUUUGGAGGUUUACACACACAACAUACACUGUACCAUCUUUGAUAAUUGAAAAUGUACUGAACUUCAAGGAUUUUUAAGUAUUCCUCGUGGUAAUUAUUACACCUUAGCAGGUUACAUUGCUUCAGAAUUUCCUCUGUCGUUGAAUCAUAAUGAGUCGACAGUCUUUUGUCACAUCUUCAGUCUCUUGUUCAUUGUAAUUAGCGCAAACAUGCCAUUAUUUUCACCUAAUGUUGCUUUUAAAAUUGUGUCCUAUUUGUACAUACAUUUUUUAUGAUUUAGUUUUAGCCUUUGAAUGUGUUUAGAUUUUUGCGGAGUACAUUUCAAUGCUCUGCAAUUAUUGUUUGUUUUUAUGUUUUUCAUCUUUUAAUUAAGACAUUUGACCUAGUUAUAAGUUGAACAUCAGUGUCUGAGAUCGGAGAAAGUUGAGAUGCUGUACGCCUGUGUAAUCAAGCAUGGAUGAUAUUGUAGAGAAAUACACAUGAUUUAAUUCAUCUAGACGUGAUGUGAUGUGGACUAUCUGGUAGUGUCGUUUCAGGAGUCCAUUAUUCAGUCACUAUUGGUAGAGUAGUGGAAUUAUGGAGAUGCUCUACUCGUAUAUUGUUAUAAAUGUGUAGAGGAGUACAGCUUCACAUUUAAUAGGUGUAUAGCUUCUCUGUCGGGGAAAUCGUUCCAAAUGACAAAUAGGUCGGGGUUUGAUCAAAUUUAAAUUGUCAUUAAUAUGGUGGCCUUCCUUAAUUUUUAUAGUGAUCAAAAUGGGAGAAUAUUUCAAAACUGUGAUGGAUAAUGACCUUUCUGCACUAGUGCUGUAGCUUUGUAUAUGAUUGGUAGCUUUAGUUGAUGUAGUUCAAUAUUUUCAUCUUUUGAUAUGUGCUUUUUCUAUGGGAAGCAAAUAUCUUGUAGUUUUAGGAAUUUUGUUCUGAGGCAUUUGUUAUUGUUAAAAUAAAUGUGUUGAUUUCAUUGGGAUAGUAAUCAUGAUUUUCAUAGAAAGGUUGAUUUUUGCAUGAAAUAAGUUGAAAAAAUCAUGGAAUCAUGCAUAAAUAGGAAUGCAAUUUCUGUAUGACAAAGAGUGAAACGUGGGGUAGAAUUGGACAGAAAUGAGUACUUUUAUUUCUUUGUAAAAUAUGUGAAAUUUGGAGAUUUCAGGUUAGAAUGGAUAGAUGGAAGCAUCUUGUAUUGUUUUUAUUAUUAUAAUACUGGAAAUAAAAACGAUUUUUCAAAAAAAAAAAAGAUAAACAUCAGUAUAUAUCUCAUUACAUACUGCAAAAGUUAUCCAACAGAUGGAAUAUUGUAUGAUUUUAAAUGAAUUCUUGUUUGCUUCGUGGAAACAAAUUUCAAGCUUCUAAUACUGUAAUAUGAUACGCAUCUAAUGCAUGUAGGCGUACGCCAUUUUAUCUUUGAGUGUAUUGUUCACUGUUUGAAGUAUUUCAAAUAUAUUUAAUAAGAUUUUUAAUAUUUUCUUAAUUAUAAUGUUCAAAGGGCAUUUAAAAGUUUAUGUAGAUGUUAAAUGUAUUUAAAACAAUUUUAAUGAACUGCAGUUGAAAUUUUACUUUGAUUUUAUUGUUAUGAAAUACUUUUAUUGAAUGUUGUAAAGCAAUAUUCUAUUUUCAACACAUCCAGGUUAUUUUAGAGUUUGUACAUGAAUGCUAGACAGAAAUGAAGAUUUUCAUUUUACUCAGAUUGAAAGACUUUUAGUGACAGCUAGUGCAGAUGACUAGUGUAUUAUAGUGAAAUUCUAGCAUAUUGAUUAGAUUGCUUUAUUAUUAGAAUUUUCACUGAACACCACUCUCAGGGAGAUGAAUAACUACAACAAAAAAUCUGUAUAAACCAUUUAAUCGCAUACUGGAGUGUCUGUGCUUUGUGUCUAGUGGUGGUCUACAUUCAGAAUCUUUUUUUUUAUUAUUUUUUUUUUUUUUUGGUCCAAAACAGUCUUCCAUGUUUGUACAAGACUGUAUAUGUGCAACAGCCAUACAAACUGCUUUUAUUAAAUCCAUAUGAAUUGUUUCAUAGAACAAGAAAACCUGUACAUAUGAUGAACUUGAAUUUAGUCUGUCUGUAAUGUGUAUUUCAUGUGGGUAAAAGUAGGAUUUUGAUGUUUUUAAAGUACUCUUUUUAACUAGCUAUGAGAAGGAAUGAUUGUCUUUCAAGUUUUAUUUCUAUUUAAGGCUAAUUUUUUUUUUAUUCAAUAUAUUCAUUACAUUGUUAAUAAUCAAUUAUAUGAUUAAUGAUUAGGAAAACCAACAAUGUUAUGAUCAUUGAUCGGACAGUAUGGUUGGGACCAAAAUUAAAAUUGUUUAAAGAUGCAGCUAAUUAAUUGGCCUUAAGUAUUGAUAAACUGAAAUACACUUGCGGAAUUGUGUGUACAUCAGGAGUGUAAUUCAUACCAAAUCUCCGUGUUUGAAUGUUGAGGAAGUGAUCAUGUAAAAGGUCGAGGAAGUGAGCAUGUAAAAUGUCAUGCAGAUAUGGUCAUAGAAACACAAAUUUAAGUCUUAUUUUCAUUUUAUAGAUUUUUUAUUUCAUUUGAAAACAUGCCAUGAUUCAUUUCAAAAUAAAAUCACUUAGUUGAUUGAAAA